AUGUCGUUUCGUGGAAGAGGAGGUGGUGGUGGUGGUCGCGGUGGUUUCGGAGGCCGCGGUGGAGGACGUGGAGGCUUCGGCGGUGGCAGAGGCCGAGGCGGCGGUGGUGGAGGCCGCGGCGGGCCACGAGGAGGUCGUGGUGGAGGAUUCAACAGGGGAGGUGGAGGUCGCGGCGGUGGCUUCAACAGAGGUGGAGGAGGUCGGGGAGGUGGUGGUUUCAACAGAGGUGGUGGUGGUGGUGGAUUUGGCCGUGGAGGUGGAGGUGGAGGUUUUGGACGUGGAGGAGGUGGUGGUGGUAGAGGAGGUAACUUCAGAGGUGGUCGAGGAAGAUAUUAA